UAAAUAGAGUGCGAGACUAUCAACCCAAGUUAGAAUACAAUACUUUGAAUUUAUGUUACAUAGAUUUAGAUUUAGAAAAUAAGCAAUUAAUGAUUCUGAAAUUUAGUUACAGAUCUAUGGACAGAUUUAUGAAAAAAACUAUAAACACCAUAGAAGCGAAACGCACUGCCAUCGAGUUUUGCUGAUAUAAACACAGCUGUCUGAGGCGAUAAUCCAAUGACGUUUAAUCAACCUAGACUCAGCAAUAUAAAGCAUUAUUUCAUGGUUACAUAGACGUCACUACUCCUGCUUUGCCCAAGGUACAGGGAAAGGAGGAGGGGGUCAUUACGUGAACGCCAACUAAGAUACACUGACUUGCGACUCUUGGCAACAGCUUCUCGACCCAAUCACUGGACCGAUUUCACUUGAGGGAGACGUCAGGCAGGUGUUUCAGUGCUCACUUGCUCAGCAUUCAGGGAGGUGACGCUCAUACGCUUGUCACCUCGCAGCUUGUAAUAGGGUUGCAGUGACUGACUAGAAAUAAAACUUAACUGGAAUACAGUACCUGCCUGAAAUACAACAACAUCCCUGGAAUACAGUAUCUGUCUGGAAUACAGUAUCUGUCUGGAAUACAGUACCUGCCUGAAAUACAGUACCUGCCUGAAAUACAACAUCCCUGGAAUACAGCAUCUGCCUGGAAUACAAUACCAAAUGGAAGAGAAGGAGGAGAGGACAGGACUGGACAACCCAGCCUUUAACAGCGAGGAGCUCGCUCAGUCCGAAACAAGAGAGACGAAAGAGCGACAUGUGGAGGUCGAGAAGAGUACUGGGAAGGCCGGCAGGAAAGACCUCACGCCAGAGGAAAAGAAGGAAAAAUUUGCCAUCAUGAAGAACAUCUUCGUCAUCUCUGUUGCUUUUACAUUCCUCUUCACCAGCUACAACUCCAUGUCCAACCUCCAGUCCUCCAUCAACAAGGUGGAUGGGACGGCCUCGCUGACUGCCCUCUACGCCACUUAUAUCUUCUCCUGCUGCUUCCUGCCGUCGUGGCUACUGACGGUGCUGAAGGAGAAGUACACCAUGGCGGCCUCCAUGCUCUGCUACUCCUCCUACAUCGCCGCCCAGUUCUAUCCAGAGUUCUACACGUUGGUGCCCACAGCCGUCAUCCUGGGCCUGGGAGCCGCACCUCUCUGGUCCUCCAAGUGUACCUACCUCACCAAGGCCGGGAUGAGAUACGCCGAGUUGGCGGGAGAGAACAGUGACGUCAUCAUAACAAAGUUCUUCGGCAUAUUCUUCAUGUUCUUCCAGUCUACCCAAGUAUGGGGCAGCCUCAUCGCCUCCUCAGUAUUGUCGGUGGGAGUGGAGGAACCCAAUGGGACGCAUAACACAGAGUUGCUUUCCUGCGGUUACAACUUCUGCAUCGGGGAAAUCUCUGAUGGCUCCAACAGCAGCGACUCCGGCGGGAGGGAAGGUCCGCCUCUUUGGCAGAUCUACACCAUGGCUAGUAUCUACCUGGUCUUCUCUCUGUUCUCCUGCGUCGUCGUCCUCGUCUUCGUGGAUCCCCUCAGCAGUUUUAAAGAAAUAGAAGGUAGUGGAGGAAGCGGUAAGAGCAGCGUGCAGCUGCUGGUGGCCACCUUCACCCACCUGCGGCACCCGUACCAGCUGCUCAUUGUUCCCCUCACCAUCUGGUCUGGCCUUGAGCAGGGCUUCCUCACCGCCGACUAUACUGCUGCUUACGUCUCGUGCGGGCUGGGCGUACACAUGGUGGGUUAUGUCAUAGUGUGUUACGGUGUGUGUGACGCACUGUGCUCGGUGGGGCUCAGUCGGCUGGUCAAGGUGUUGGGGCGAGUGCCGGUGUUCACUCUGGGGUUCCUCUGCAACUCUGGGCUCAUCGUAGCCCUGGUCUACUGGCGGCCACAUCCGGAUGAUCUGGUGUGGUUCUUUGUCAUCGCCGGCUUCUGGGGGGCGGCUGACGCUGUCUGGCAGACGCAAAUCAACGCGCUCUAUGGCGUCAUCUUUCCCGGGACGCCAGAGGCGGCCUUCAGCAACUACCGCCUGUGGGAGUGCCUCGGCUUUCUCAUCGCCUACGCCUGCAGCAGCGUCCUUUGCAUCGACGCCAAGAUCACCAUCCUGGUCGUCUUCCUUGUGGUGGGCAUCGUCGGGUACUAUGCCAUCGAGGUCCUCGAGAAGAUGGGCGGCUUGAAGAGGAACCAGAACGGCAGUGUAAUUCCACUUGAUCGUCUCAUUGCCGGGUUGUUUUGAACGUCUCAGUAUUGGUAGUUAGUGUUGAGGUAAUUGGUGGUGAGGCGGUAGGGGGGAUGGGGAGAGAAAGGGAAUAGAAAGGGCAAGUGAAAAGGCAGACAGAGGACAAAGGGAAGCAGGCAUACAUCUAGCUGGAUACUUAUUUAUUAUUGUGAAAUUACAGUCUUUUUGAUAUGAAUGGAAAGCAGUUUAAAUCCUCUUAAAGUCAGAUCACGGUUAUAUGAGCUGUGUUCCAAUGAAAUUUGAUCAAGGUUAGUCUGUGAA